GUUGAGCAUUGGACAGCUGGAGAAUUUUGUUGUCUGUAUUCGUGUUGUGAAAAACUGGAAAUUGGAGGUUGGAGUACUGUAAUAAUUUUGUCAUUGAAUUGGUAUUUUGUUGGGAAUUGUAGGAUUUAUUUCAAUUUCAAACUAAAAUAAAGUUUAAAGUAUUUGAGUACUUAUUGUUUAUAAUAUGUCAGAUGAUGCCGCAGUAGUGUUUUUAUCUAAUUAACUAAUUCAAUAAUCCCUUUAAUUUGAAUAAUGCUCUAGUGAAGAUAGUUGAAUUUCCUGCCAAUAAAAUAUGAAUAAAGUUGAUGAAAACCCAACCGACCUCUGCAAUAUUCUUCUAAAAUGGCUGCAAACUUUCGACCUGCAAUCUCCCCAUAAAAGACUGGAGGAUAUCACCGAUGGGGCAGCUAUGGCUGAGGCACUCCAUCAGAUAGCUCCGGAGUUUUUCAACGAAUCAUGGCUAUCAAAAAUCAAGACAGAUUGUGGGGAUAACUGGCGAUUAAAGGUCAGCAACUUGAGAAAGAUUGUCAAGAAUAUAGUUGAUUACUACCAAGAAUGCUUCAACAUUCCUCUUACUGAGUUCGCAAAACCAGAUGUGACCAAAAUAGGAGACCAAGGUGACCCAGCAGAAAUUGCGCGUCUCUUGCAGCUUAUUUUGUGGUGUGCUGUCAAUUGCAACCAUAAAAAAGAUUAUAUCACAAGAAUAUUGAAACGCAUGGAUGAGUGUGAACAACAAGUGAUCAUGAAGUCGAUCCAGGAACUUGAGAAUAUCCAUGGCCCAGGACCAGUUAGCUUCUCGGCUAGUCUGGGCUUUGAAUUGGAACCUCAGGUACAGCAACUUAUGUCCGAAUUGCAAGCAGCCAAUGAGGCCAGAGAUCAGAUGACACAGCGGUGCCUGGAACUUGAUUUGCAGGUGAGUUUACUACAAGAGGAGAAGACGAGUUUGUUGGAAGAUAAGAAACGUCUUUUGGACCGAAUUCAGGAGAGUGUGGAUGAUCCCAGCACGGUCACACUCACUGGUCAGCUGCGUCGUCAGGUGGACACACUCAAAGACGAAAUUAUCACUUUGGAGAAUUCUCGAGACGAUUAUAGACUGAAAUUAGAAAUUCAGGAGAAGGACAUGCAGGAUUUACAGUUGAAAAUUGAUGAACUACAGCAAACAGCUGUAGAAGCACGCCAUUUGAAAGACGAAGUAGAUGUGCUUCGCGAAACUGCAGAUAAAGUGGAAAAAUAUGAAGCUACCAUCCAAAUUUAUAAGCAAAAGAUGGAAGAGCUUAGUGAUCUGAAAAGGGAAAUCAAGUCUUUGGAAUCGAAAAAUCUCGCUUAUAUUGAACAGAAUAUUGCUAUUGAAAAGGAAGUAUCAAAAAGCGCUGCGCUAAAAACGCAAGUCGAAAUUUAUAAGCAGCAAGUGGCUGAACUGCAUAAAAAGUUGAACGAAGAAACUAAGCGAGCAGAUAAGUUGGAAUUUGAAAACAAAAAAGUUCAGGACCAGCUUAAUGCUGUUAAACGUGAGAAGGAGAGCCUGAUGAGCGAACGCCAUCUUUUAAAAGAAUCGAAAGAGGAACUGGAAUGCCAACUGCAGCUAACUAUGGGUGUUGAAUCGGGUAUUCCAGUUCCCAAUCAGAGUAAUCUAUUUCCUGAGGAGUCUCUAGCUGAUAUCAAGCAAAAAUAUCUGGCUCUGCAACAUGAAAAUAACAUUUUGCGAAAGAAUCAACGAGGCCCCGAAGAUGAAAAAGCAUCAGUCAUCCAAUCAUUGUUGGACGACUCAGUCAAUCAUCUGAAUCAGUUGAGGCUAGAAAACAGACAAGCGAAUCAGCGUAUAAUGGAACUUGAAGAAGAACUGAAGGAAGCCUCAGACCGAGAAAGCGGCGUUGCCAGCUUGAAGGCCCAACUAACCGAUCUUCAAAACAAACUGCAGAGAGAAAAAGACAAGAAGCAGCUCGAAUUGGAAGAAAAAGACUUAGUUAUAGCUGAAAAAAAACAACAUAUCUCAUUGCUCCAAGAAACUCUCAAUCAAAAAGAACAAGAAUCUCAAGAUAACGAAGACAAAUUUAGGAAGUAUAAAGAUAAAGCUAUCCAUGUGAUGAAGGCUAUGGAUAACAAACAUAACUCCAUUUCGAAUGAUAAUAUCGAAGUGGCUACUUUGAAAAAUCAACUAAUAGAAAAGCAAAAAUUGAUUGAUGAAUUGAAGAAAGAAAACGACCGAAACAAACUGAUUAAGGAACAUGAGGAAAAGCUCAUGUCUUCAGUAUUCCACAACCUGGGACAGGUGAAACACAAAGAAUCAGUCGACCAAAGACUAACUCAUCUGAAUCUUGGUCAGAGUCAUUCCUUCCUUGCAAGACAAAGACAGUCAACUGGUCGUCACACCCCGGGAUAUAAUUCCAAAUAAGAAUGCAGCAACAGAAAUGAUAUCAGUACUGCAGAGAUUUCUUCCUAACCUAGAUUUUAAAGGUGCACUAUAAUAAUCACCUAGUGUAAAACCACACUAUUGUAUUCUAAUGUAUAAAGUAGCUACUAAAUAUUAUUCAAAGUGAAAAGUUUAUUUAUGUUGAGUAAAAUGUUUAUUUAUUUUUAAAUGAGUAUUAUGAACAGGGUACUUGUUACAUAUGCAGUAUUUGUUCAACAAUUUCAUCAAGAUGCAUGUAUUGUUGCAUGUAUUCAUAGACCAAGUUGAGCAUUCUAGUUUGAAUGAUGUCAGCCAAAUCAUCAAUUACUCGGGAUUAGAAUGUCCUGAGUUAUAAGCGCCUUAUUUUAUUAACAAAUGAGUAUAUUACAUUAAUGUAUGCAUUGAUGUAUUGUACAUUAUAGUGUAUAAAAGUGUAGAGUGAAUAAAUAAACGUGUUUUAAUUAUGCGUGUUCUUUUCAUGGGUUGUUAUCCUUAUACUUUGAUACAUUAUACAUUCUAUGUACAUACUAUGGUACCUACUCUGGUUUCAUAUGGCUCACACUACAUACGCUAUGAUUAUACCUGUAUUUGUUCAGGUGCAGUAAGAUAGGGCCCACAUAAUAUAUAUCAUCAGCUGAUGAAUGGUGAAAGGCGUGUGUUUGUAGCGCAUGAGAUGCUUUCAGUUAAUUAUGACGUAAACCUACACACAACGCUUCUCCACUUACCUGAGAUACAUUUUCGAACUUGUGGUGAUUGAGACUAGAGACCUGAGAUAUCGGUUUCUGUAAUUAUAAUUGGCAUUUCACGACAAUGCCCCUGGAUUGUAUUGGAGUGAGUGGGAAAAUGGUUGUUAUGCUUGCGCAACUGAAAUAUUUGUGAAAUAUAGUAACUCAUUAGGUAUGUACAGUAAUUAGACAUAAAUAAUAAUAAUGGAAAAUUGAAAAAAAUUGACAGCUAAAAAUAAUAUUGGAGAAUUCUGAGAGUGCAGGCAUUGAUGAUAACGUUCCACUUAAUCUCAGUUCAAUUUUCGACUAGGCUGAUUAUCUUUAUGACUUCAGUUCCCUUUCCAUUGAUUUCAAGUCAAUGGCCCAGUUGCACCAAAGUUUGUUGAAUUUUAACUGUGAUUAAGUGUUGUUUAAAUACGUUUUCCGCUUCUCCGAUUGGUUCUCGUAGCAUUUAAUCUCUGUUGAAAUUUAACUGACAUUUGUGCAACCGCGCCAUAGUGUUUUAAAACCACGGUAAUUUUGUGUGUGUAAUUAUUAUUCCUUUUAAAAUUGAUACCUAAUAGUGUUGUGUAAGAAUCAAAACAUUUUUCAGAUAUUUGAUAGAAUUUUUCCAUGAAAACGCAAUGCUGUGUAUUGUCUUCUUCUACUUGGACAAAAUACUUUAUUUUUAUUAUAGAUUAUCUUUUUUUAUAUUCAUUCUAGACAUAUUUAUGCAUAAUACAAG